AUGGCCUCGCCUGGAAGACCGCAGAGCCGCGGGAUGGGCCCAGUGGCUGCGCCCGGGAUGAGCACCGGUGGCCUUGGCCCAGUGCAGGCCACGAUGCGCCCAGGCACGCAGAUGGGAGGGACACAGAACCCCAUGGGCCAAACUGGUCGAGUACCGACAGCUCAGGGCGGGCGAAUGAGCGCUUCCCGAACGCGCCAGGGCACGGCCGGACAACCUGUCUUGGGUGUUGGCGCAAUGACGGAGGUGAAGGUGCAGGACUGCGAGGUCACGUGCGACUUGAAUGCCGAUGAUCCAACAUUGGCUUCGGGUGUGUGCAAGGUCUGUGACCACUCGAUCUGCUUUCACUGCGAGGAGUGUCGCGACAUUGUCCACUCGACAGAGAAAUGCGAUCGCCCGUGCUGCCGCUUCGAGGAGGAGAAGAGCUCUGGCUUGCUGGGUUUCCUCCACUCUCUGAAGGACGCAGACAGCAAGGCAUCCCGUGCGCUGCUGCUGGUGCAAGGUGCUGCCUUCUCAACUUCCUUCAUCCCUGGUCCUCAGAGUCCCGUGCUAGCACUUGUCGCGGUGCUGCUUGCCCACGGCCUUUUGCGAAGAGCAUGCCAGGCCAUUGUGGCACGACGCAUCUCCAUGCAUGUCCUGAUGCUCAUCGUCCUGCUUGGGGCUCUCUACCUCGAGCAGUUCACCGAAGCUGCUACCGUGGCUUUCCUUGUGAACAUUUCAGAGUGGAUCGUUGGACGAUCGCAACAGGCAGUCGAGAAUGAGCUGGAGAAGAGCAUGGUUGGCGCUGCCAGCCAUGCCACUCUCCUCUUCAAGAAGGGCGGGUCUCGAACGGGAGGUGUCUCUGUGAAAAUCGAGGAGUUGAGCCCGGGAGACGUCGUCCUGCUAAAAAGUGGCAGCGUGGUGCCAACGGACGGCCGCCUUCUCCGUGCGGAAGAAUUCAUGGUGAACGAGUCGGCGGUAACCGGUGAGGCGCUUCCAGCAGAGAAGUCUGUCGGAUCUCAGCUCCUGUCUGGGACAGUUGUCGCCACUGGUGUGGCAGAGAUGGAGUGCACGACUACGGCAGCAGACUCUUUUCAGGGUCGCAUGAAGGCGGCUGUCCAGGACGCACGGAGCUCUCGAUCCGACAUGGAAGAGCUCGUGAACCGCUUCGCAGAGAUCUACACGCCGGUGGUGCUCGGGCUGUCGCUUGUGAUUGCCAUCUUAUCCGAGAGCCUAACGAGGGGUCUCACGGUCUUGGUGUCUGCUUGCCCCUGUGCCGUGGUGGCGGCAGCUCCGGUGGUGCAAUCCUGUUGCUUCGUGCGACUUUUGUCGGAUCUCCAGGUCUUGGUGAAAGAUGCCCGUGCCUUAGAAGGCUUCGCAAGAGUUACAAGCCUUGGGACGGACAAGACCGGCACUUUGACCAAGGGUACCUUUGAACUCGCCGAAGUCGUGGUGCUCGAUGGAGAGAAGACGAAUCUGCUGCGUCUGCUUGCGGCACUGGAGUCCCAAGAUUCCCAUCCGCUAGCAAGUGCUCUCGUAAGAAGCUUUGUUGGAUGUGCGGCGGACUUUGAUACCAAUGGCCCGGACUUGCCCAAGGUUUCCAACUUCACCCGUGUGGAGUCGAUGGGAGUGUGGGGAAUUGUGCAAGGUCAAGUUGUUGGUGCAGGCAGCAGGCGCUUUUUGGAUUCCAUGGCCAUCAGCCUCCCAGACACAGCAGAAGCGAAGCUGGCAUCGUGGGAGGCAGAAGGAGGUGUGUACUGCACAGUCUUCAUGACUUUGGAGGAGGAGGUUGUCAUGAUGCUACGUCUGGAGGAUGAAGUCAGGGAGGAUGCUGCGGCGGCGAUCGGAGCCCUGCAGCAACUUGGAGUGGAGAUCACCAUGUUAACCGGCGAUGAGCACAAGGCGGCGAACGUGGUGGGCGAGCAGUUGGGCAUUCAGAAAAGGUUGGCGAAACUUACGCCGACGGCCAAGGAGGACUGGGUGAAGUCGGGGGAGGAGCCCGGGCCCCGACCGGUGGACCUGGAAGGGGGCUCGGGCCUGAGCGAAGCCCUGGUGGUGAAAAGGAGCCGCCAGGUGGUUGCGAUGAUUGGAGACGGGCUGAACGAUGGACCUGCGCUCGCUGCCGCCGACGUGGGGGUCGCCAUCGCUGCAGGGCUGCAGCUUACCACGGAUGCCGCGGAUGUGGUGAUCGGGAGUGGAGGUCGGAUGCUUCUGCGCUUUGUCCAGGCCCUCUACUUUGCGAGGAGCUGCAAGGAGCUCAUCCGAGCCAACCUCGCCCUCGCACUGGUGGUGAAGCUCAGCGCGCUCAUCUUGGCGGCCACCGGCCACUUGGGUCUGACCCUUGGGGUUCUCAGUGACAGCGGCAGCUUGCUUUUGGUGCUCUUGAACAGCCUCCGACCUCUGAUGUGGGGCUUCACGGCCUUCGACAAGUAA